AUGGGUCACAUUAGCGACGAUUUACUAGAAAAAUACGAAGAAACGUAUCAAAAAGCAAUAACACACCUGUUAACAAAUGAAUUAUGUGAAGGAACUUUGCCGGAUUUCAAGCUCUUCACAUACUUAACCCAAGACUUGAAGUUCUUCCAAUUAGGAAUGAACGUCUUUGGUAAAGCCUUGGCAUACUGCGAUAACACCGACUCUGCCAUUACUUUAAGUAAACAAAUAGGUUUCAUUGCCAAUGAUGAGAACAAUUACUUUGACAAUUGCUUGUGUCAAUUGAGGGAGACUAGUAAGCCUCAGUUGGAACAACAUUGUUCUAAAAUGUUGCUUGGACCUGAUUCGCCUGUUCUACCUGAAGUUGAAGAAUACCUUGAGUAUUUAAAACAUUUAGCACAUGAAUCCCUGUCUUAUGUUGAGAUCAUUACUUUCAUGUAUUUGAUGGAGCAGGUCUAUCUUGGGUGGGCUAAUUUCCAUCUUCUCAAAGGGAAUGAUCGUGAAGAUUUACCGUAUAAGCAUAAAGAGUGGAUUGUUCUUCAUAGUGGAGAUAAGUUUUCCUCUUGGGUGGAAUUCUUGAAAAGUGAAGUGAAUAGAGCAGUGAUUUCGCAGGACGAUUGUUCUCAAUGUGAGGAGACCUUCUUGAAGGCUUUAAAUUUGGAAUUAGCAUUUUUCGAAUCGUGUUAUUCCUAUAAAGAAUAG